GCGUUGAUUUCAUACCAAAGUCAUACUUAACAUUCCACUUAUACUGUCAAACCUCUGAGAAAUAUUACGGAAAACAACAAGGCGCCAAAUUAUAACAAAGUUACUAAAUUGACCAGCUGCUUUCAUUGAACGCGAGAAGGUGACUGCCAAAAUAAAAAGUUCAUACCUGGAUCCAAAACUUCCAGUCUUGUUCCUCAAGAGGAAUCCAACAGUUAUAUACCUAGAGGCAGAGAGGGAGACAAACAAAACGAUUUGGAGGAAUACACAACUUGAGUCUGGUUUGGAUCUCGGCAUCCCAAAGAUCUCCUUCAAAUACUUUGAUAUUGGGGCUCAGGGUCGGGCCCAGGGGGAGCCGCCACCAUUGCGUCCAACGAGUGGAGUGCCAACGGUAGCCCAGAAGAUGGGCUGGACGGGGACAGCGAGGACAAGACCAUGGAUGGGGACGCCGAGGGCGUGUGGAGCCCGGAUAUCGAGCAGAGCUUCCAGGAGGCCCUCGCCAUCUACCCUCCCUGUGGCAGGAGGAAAAUCAUCCUGUCAGAUGAGGGAAAGAUGUAUGGUCGCAAUGAAUUGAUAGCAAGGUACAUCAAGCUGAGGACAGGCAAAACCCGUACAAGAAAACAGGUGUCUAGUCACAUACAGGUGUUAGCACGGAAGAAAGUUCGUGAAUACCAGGCGGGUAUAAAGGCAAUGAAUUUGGAUCAGGCGUCUAAAGACAAAGCCCUGCAGAACAUGGCAGCACUAUCGUCUGCACAGAUCGUCUCACCGAGCAUGAUAAAGAAUCAUCUUCCACCACUGCCUCCUGCCCCCUACCAACCAGCCAGAUUCUGGCCUGCUCCAAUCCCAGGACAGCCUGGACCCUCUCAGGAGCUGGUUCUAGAUUUCAACCCGGGAAGGACUCCUGGGCUUGCCCGCACCAGCCAUGCUAUCAAACCUUUUGCACAGCCACCAUACUCAAGCCUAACAGGUCCUGUACCACAAUCCUUACCAAGUUAUGAGCCUUUGGCGCCUCCUCCUGCACCAACUGCUACCGCAGUGCCAGUGUGGCAGGACCGGACCAUCGCCUCCUCGAAGCUGCGGAUGCUGGAGUACUCAGCCUUCAUGGAGGUCCAGAGAGAUCCAGACAAUUACAGCAAACAUCUGUUUGUCCACAUUGGACAGACCAACCCCUCCUACAGCGACCCGCUCCUUGAGGCCGUGGACAUCCGGCAGAUCUACGACAAGUUCCCCGAGAAGAAGGGAGGGCUCAAAGAGCUUUAUGAGAAAGGCCCUCAGAACGCUUUCUUCCUAGUUAAAUUCUGGGCGGACCUGAACAGCAGCGGCAUGCAGGAUGGCCCUGGUUCUUUCUACGGUGUCAGCAGCCAGUACAGCAGCAUUGACAACAUGACGAUCACGGUUUCAACCAAAGUCUGCUCAUUUGGCAAGCAGGUUGUCGAGAAAGUAGAGACAGAGUACGCUCGCCUGGAGGGAGGAAAGUGUGUUUACAGGAUCCACCGCUCUCCUAUGUGCGAAUACAUGAUCAACUUUAUCCACAAACUCAAACACUUGCCUGAAAAAUACAUGAUGAACAGUGUUCUUGAAAACUUCACUAUCCUCCAGGUGGUGACGAACCGCGACACCCAGGAGACCUUGCUCUGUAUAGCAUUUGUUUUUGAGGUUUCCACAAGUGAACACGGAGCUCAGUAUCAUGUCUACAGACUUGUUAAAGACUAACAGCUCUUCAGGGAGGUUUCGGAAAAGCCAGACAAAAGCGUGACACAAUCUCUCUUCGACCAGCUCAACCAUCCAGGAAAAAUCUAGGAAAAAAAAACAUUCAACCAAUGCUAGAUCGAACUAACAAGGACAGAUUUUAUGCUUUAAAACAAAGCCUCAUAUACAAGGAAAAAAAAAGAGUGAAUCUCAACGUGCCAACACGCAAAGAAAUUUUGAAGAAUUACAGAUUUUUCUAGCUACUUUCCAUGUGUUUAAACAUGCUUUAGAUGAAGUGGGUCGUUUUUUGCCAAGGUAAUUGAUGGAGCUUGAAAUGUUUUAUUGAGGGAAUGAGAAUGUGUUUGGGGUUGAAAAGACUCUUAUGGUAUCCAAGGGAACACACUCUGAGCAAUAAGAGACGUGUAUAUAGGAUUGAAAAAGUAGAGAGAACAGGACCACGGAGGGGAAAACCAGAGCCAAGUGGUGUUGUUGCAGUAUGUUUGUUAGGAAAGCAAGUGCCUUUUCUCCAAAGAUUAUAUCAUUGCCUGCCACUUUGGAUUGCCUUUUUUUUACUACCUCUUGUUUUUAAAUGAACAGAAUGAACAGAAUAUAGUCAGACAGGUGUAUUUUGUCCCAAAAAAAAAAAACAUUGGAACUAAACCUCUCAGAUUCACAUCAUUUGAGGCAGUUGUUGUAUUUGGGCACAAAAAGGAAUGGGAUGGAAUUACAAAUUUUCAUGUAGCCAGUUGUUUUUCAAAAAAAUUGUCCCAAGUUUUACAGUCAAAGUGUACAGGGAGAAGGUUUAUUGUGUUACCGUAUUAUUAAGGUUUUGCUUUUUAUGUUUUAUUACAGAAGUUUUUUUAAAAAUCAGGUCUUACAAGCAUCUAUCUAUAACUGACUUUUGACACUAAGGAUGCCUUGUACCAAUUAUAGCCUGACAUAAAGCCAAGGCUUUACCAUCCUUACGAGAUCCCCUGAUUUUUCUCUCUGUUUGAAGACGUGUGCUUGGUUGCACUUAAAAGAUCAAGAAGGGGGGUGAAGCAACAGCAGUGCUUAUUUUCUGCCUUGAGUUAUGUAGCCUAAUUGAAAAAUGAAUUGUUUCUGUACUGUGAGUCAGCGGAUGCUAAAGGAAUAUGUGUUACAUAGGAGUAUUUUUCUUUUGAGGGGGGGACUUUAUGUUCAUAUUUGUGAUCAGUUAACUCAGCACUCAACUCAGACCAUGGCUAAAGUGAAGAGAAGUUAAUCACUGUUUCUUUUGUUUAAAAAAGAGAUUGUAUGCUGUGAAGUUGGCUCAUUUGCUUCACCCUUCUCUCUGUGGAGAAGUUGCAUUCGUUGAUAAAAGUUCAGUUUUGAUAUUUAAGACAAUUUUUGGUACUGACAUUACACAAGAAAUAAUUCUGAAAUCGAUCUAACUAAUUGUCUUGAAUGAGAGCUAUUGUCUCUGUGCUGUGGAGUAUGACCAUUGAUUGUUAUUUAUAGGGUUGGUAAACAAAUAACGGGAGGGCAGGGUGGGGUAGAGGAGAUGUAUUGAUCAUUUUCCAUUGUGAUGGAGAUGUUUAAAGUAUUGCAGGACUCAAACUGUGGACAGGAUUAACUGUUAUCCCAUGGGUCCUGUUAGACAAGUGUCUACUCUGUGUGGUUCACUGGACAAUUUUGCUAUAAAAGUUCAAAUUUAAGAUAUUGUACGGUGGAAUAGUUGCACCUGGCUUUGAAUGUCAUAUUUCACAAGCUAGACACAAUAACACUCCUCCUCUAGCAGGUCUCUUAGUUUAUCUUUUAUACAGACAUUUUUUUGCCAUUAUCAAGAUUAAUGUUUUGUUUUGACUCGGUUGUCUUUUGACUUUCAGUGUCUGCCAUAUGCUUCACUGAAAAUAAUGUGUGACUGUGCUGAUAUUGAUAAUUAAUAAUGAGAUAUCUAAUGUAUCAUAUUCUGAAUGGUGUGGGCAGGUUUUUUGUUUUGUUUUUGUUCUUUUUUUUUGGUUUAAGGUGGUUUACUAUUGUCUUUGUUACCAUUGUGCAUUGCAAUUUUAUACUUCAAAGUAGAGGUUGGACUAUAUAAUCAAACAAAUGUAUCUAACAAUAAAAGACGCAUGGUGCCUUUGGGGCCAUUUUUCCCCAGAAAACUUAUUAAACAUGUUUGUAAAUUUG